AUGAAAGCCUCCAUCCGUCUUGACAUCGUCAACUUCGUUCACUCCAACAUUUCAAAGAAUUCUCAUCAACCCUACGCCGUCAGCCGUAAAGCCGGCCACCAGACCUCCGCCGAGUCAUGGGGAACCGGACGUGCUGUCUCGUGUAUUCCUCGUGUUCCUGGUGGCGGUACUCACCAUGCAGGUCAAGAUGCGUUUGAAAACAUGUGUCGUGGUGGACGCAUGUUCGCACCGACUCGGGUCUGGCGCAGGUGGCACAGAAAAAUCAACGUGAACCAGAAACGAUACGUCGUCGUUUCGGCGAUUGCUGCUUCUGCCGUUCCGUCGCUUGUGAUGGCCCGUGGACACCGGAUCAAGACCGUUCCGGAGCUGCCGUUGGUGGUCAGUGAUUUUGUUGAAGGUGUUGAGAAGACGAAGACUGCUCUUCAGGUUUUGAAGCAGAUCAGAGCUUAUUCUGAUGCUGAAAAAGAGAGAAAGGUGGGGGGUUGGUGGGGUUGGGGUGUGGUUGUUUUAUUUUUAUAG